UCGAGCCUCGCACAUGUUACUCGGCUUUUCUCUCGUUUUUCCAUUCACGUAUCCAUUGGCGACAACCGUGACUACACCGUUAAUUAUCCUACGUUCUUUCAGCUUUCGAAACCACUCUGUAUGUCCGUAUGUUUUAUAUAUACUCUAUCUUAUUGCUACUACUGCAUUUUAUUUGUUGACAUAUAAUUAUGGAGUUGACCUCACUAUUGGUUGAGUUGAUUAUACGUAUUUAAGUCUCAAUGGCAACUAGAGAGGGACGGUUUUGUAAGCCAUAGAAAGGGUUGCUUUGCCACGUAGUGUGCUUGCAGUUUCUGUUACUAAAGUCAGUUCAUAAUGAUGGAGAAGUUAAGGAUAUUCAGGCUGCUACUCUAUAAAAAUUAUCUCGUGAGAAAGAGGCACUGGAAAAUGAGUUUGUUUAUUGAGAUUCUGAUUCCUUUGCUGCUCUUUCUACUCAUACAGAGUUGUAGAGACUUUUCUGCUCAGCAGCCCAAGAUGUUUGAGAAUAAUACAUAUUACGAAGUGAAAACUAAAGCAGAGCUGUUAAACAAGAUUAAUUACAUGACCAACAUCUACUUUGUGCCAGAAAAUAGAUUUACUAGGACUCUUAUGGAAAUUACUAGGAGUUGUCUCAAGUUUCCUAAUGGACAGAUAACAGGUUUCAAUACAGAAGAAGAGAUGUUAAGAAUGUAUGCUCUGUAUCAAACUCAAUCUCCAAUAAAUGAUGUUGUAGCUGUAGUAUUUAAUGAGGACUAUGUAAAUGUAUCCACAAAACAUUUGGAGUAUACAAUAAGAUCAUCUUAUGUCCUGCCUAAUAUUUUGUAUAAAACUGAUAACCAAGGCCCAACUUCAAUAAGUAUAGACCAGGCAUUUAUGGAUGUGAUACCAUUUGUGCAAUUCCAAAUAUGUCUAGACGAGGCAUUUAUCAAAAUGAAAGCACCAAACCCAUCAUUCAAGCCACAGAUAUCCAUCCAACAAAUGCCAUACCCGCCACAUGUCAGACUGGAUGAAAGUGAUAUCUUUACCAGAAUAUUGUUCUGUGGUUUUGCUGUGAUUGCUUUUUUGAUUCCACUAUGUGUAGAAGCAACAUAUCCAGCAGAAGAAAAAUUCAUUGGUAUUAAUGUGUUGAUGUCAAUGAACGGUGUACCAACGUAUCUGAAUUUGCUUAGUUGGCUGAUCAGUGGAUUGAUAUUCAGUUUAUCCUAUGUGUCAGCACUUAUAAUCCUCUUCAAUUUCGCCUUUACGGACAACGUGCGUCCAUAUUUGUACUUUGGCAACAGUUUCAUCUUCUGGCUUGUGCUCAUUUUACACGUCGGACAUUUGAUUACCUUUGGCAUGCACAUUUCCGCGUAUUUUUCGAAAUCUCUGUUCAUGAUCUCUGGAAUUCUCGCACUUUACGGAGGCUCGAGCAUGAUACAAAAAUACAGUAUCAAGGGUGAUUUUUACUCUUUCGUGCCGUAUCUAGGAAUAUUUUUUCCUAAUAUUCUGUUGUUUCGAGCUUUUCAAGAAGUUAACAGCUACGAAAGCAUGCUGAGGGGUGUACAGUGGAGUAACUUGUUUUCAGUCGGCGAUCCUGCGUACAAAACCGCCGGAAGUCUGGGAAUGAUAAUGAUUUUUUCCAUAAUCGGAACUUUUUACCACUUCCUGAUGACUGUAUAUAUUUACGCGAUAAAACCGGGAAAAUAUGGCGUUAAAAAACAUCCGUUUUUUUUCUUAAAGUUUGGUAGAGGAAAAAAUAGGGUGAAUUCAGAUGAUGAAAUGGAAGAUUAUGAAUGUAAUAAUGCGGAUGGUAAACCAUUCGAGGCUGUACCAAGGAGCGUUUAUGUUCCGGGUAUUCAAAUAAGAAGUUUGAAAAAAGAAUAUCGUACUCAUUGGUUUAGCUCAAAGAAAGUGCAAGCGCUAAGAGGCAUAUCAGUCGAUUUUUACAAAGGGCAUAUCACUGCGUUAUUGGGGCACAAUGGAGCUGGCAAAACUACAUUGAUGUCGAUUCUUACUGGCAUGAUAAGUCCUAAUAAUGGCUCAGUAUAUAUCAACGGAAGAGAUGUCAAGGAUGAAUCGAGUUCUAUAAUGAACGAUAUCGGUCUAUGUCCUCAAGAAGAUAUGUUGUUUCCGACUCUUUCUGUAGCAGAACAAAUUGAAUUUUUUGCAAUGUUGAAGGGUAAAGAUAAGAAGAACACUGUGAUAAAGAAAGACGUGAAUGCAUUAUUGCAAAAACUAAAUCUCUUUGAUAAACGCAACACAUUACCGCAUGAGUUGUCUGGUGGACAAAAGAGGCGAGUUUGUCUCGGAAUGGCUGUUAUCGGUGAUUCAUCUACUUUGAUAUUGGACGAGCCAACUUCCGGUAUGGAUCCCGAAAGUAGGCGUGAUACGUGGGAUAUAAUAUUAAAAAUGAGAGGGCAAAAGACUAUUCUGAUAAGUACGCAUGAUAUGGAAGAAGCUGACAUAUUAGGAGAUAGAAUUGCGAUAGUUCAUAUGGGACGAUUGAAAAGCUAUGGAACAUCGAUGUUCUUGAAGAAAUUAUUAGGUCAAGGAAACAUUGAAGUAACAUUAUCAACGGAAUCAACUUGUGAUCCACAACGAAUUUGCAAUGAAUUGGAUACAAGAAGUCAGAUAUUGAACGUCGACGGUGGCAAGAUAGUACUGAGUAUUCCAUAUACACCAGAAUUACCAGACUCGUUAGACAGAAUGGAAAUGAAAAAAAAAGAACUUGGUAUUACCGGCAUGAGUGUUUCUUUAAUAACUCUGGAACAAGUAUUUCUAAAGGUAACAAAAGAUAAUCAGGAUGUAACAGAUGCUUGUCAGCCUUUCUUGGAUUCUACAAUGAAAUUAACUGGUUCUUCUUUGAUCUUCCAUUCUAUUUGUGCACUACUGAAGAAAAAAGUUACGUAUAUGAGGAAAAAUAUUGCAACAAUUAGUCUUAUCAUUCUAUUACCAAUAAUAAGCAUAAUGUUCAUGACAAUGGAUUACAACAUGUCAAAUGACACGACGAUAAUGAUUCCGCUGAAACUCAGCAUGUAUAACGAACCUGAGACUUAUGUGAAAAGCGAUAAUAACGUUAUUAGUCGAGCAUAUCAAUUAGCUACUAACGAAUAUGCUGGAAAACCAACUGAAGUCACUGGUCCAUCGUCUCUCACUGAUGCAAUGUUAGAACUUGGGAUAACGGAUAUAGCAACAUACCGUAAUCACCUGAUUGCUGCAGCAGAAUUCAACAUAACAGGCAACGAUACAAUAGCAAAUGCAUUUUAUUCUGGUUACGCGACGUUCAGUAUACCAAUCUCCAUCAACUUGAUGUCCAAUUCGAUUCUCAAGACACUGGCUGGUGAAGAUCACUCUAUUAGCAUAUCCGGACAUCAACUUCCUCACUCCCUACACUCGUCUAUGAAUUCCGAUAAGAAUGUUGAUGUAUAUGCCUCGGUGUUAUUGUUUGUGUUUUUCUUUUUCCCUGCUGUUGCGUUGUUCGUCAUACAUCCACUCAGGGAAUCUUUGUCGAAUGUCAAACAGCUGCAAACGAUGACUGGUGUUUCGUAUUUUACAUACUGGGGUACAAUGUUUUUGUUGGACUUUCUCGUAUUUCUCAUUGGCAUUUGCUUCAUUGUAAUUGGGUUUAUCUGCAUGGAUUGCAUUAUCGACUUGAGACUUUACGAGAACACGGAAAUAGGUAUAACAGUCUUGAUACUUGUAUUAUUUGCGGUCAACGUAUUGCCACUGAUGUACGCAUUCAGUUUUCUCAAAAAGUCCAUAAGCACCGUCAUAACAUUGCUGAGUUUAUUGCCUUUUGGCCUAGUCUCAGUCGAGUUGAUAAUGCAUGUGAUCUCGUUGUCGCUCAACAACAUCAAGACCAUCAAAGUAUUCCGUACGAUUCAGAAAGGCAUAUUCCUGUUUUUACCGUACCUCAGCUUUUUCCACAGCGAAAUUUCUUUUUUCACCACAGCGACACAGAAUGCUCGCUGUCGAAGGCUACCCAAUUUACUUCACGAGGUUGCCUGUCUAACGAAAGAUGUUUGUUGUGGUUUAGAAUGCUUCGACGGUAAAUGCGAGAAAAGCUUAAGCUACUUCCGCGAUUUCAAUGACGAUAUAUCACUCGAAGAGAGCAUAAUAUACUUGUGUAUCUCGCCAAUUCUCUACUUUGGUAUUCUCGCUAUGCUAGAAUACAAAGUCAUUCCUUUAAUGUUGGCAAGGAUACGUAAUGGAAAGUACAAUUUACUCGAGGAUCCAUGCGAUGAACAAGUGAAGAAGGAGAAGCAUUCCGUUGCUUUCGAAAUUGCCAAAGCAAAGAGUCACUCAGUGCACGAAAUGUUGUAUUGGUUUCCAGGCGACAAGAAGCCCGUGAAAAAGCAGGCAAAACCUAUAAUAUCAAACGGAAAUGCUAACGAAGAGAGCAAUGCAUUGUCCAGUGGGGACACAUCAAAUAAUUAUCUCUUCCUCGUUUAUCAGUUAAGCAAGCGUUAUGGUAAAUUAGUAGCCGUCGAAGAGAUUAGUUUUGGCGUUAAACAACACGAGUGUUUUGGACUUUUGGGUGUUAAUGGAGCUGGCAAAAGUACGAUUUUCAAGAUGAUUACCGGUGAAGCUAUUCCUAACAAUGGCGUCAUGUACUUAGGCGAUAAAGAUUUUAACAGCAACAAGAAAUACUAUCUCUCGCAAAUGGGAUACUGUCCGCAAAACGAUGCGAUCAUAAGAUGCCUAAACGCCUACGACCACCUACGACUAUUUGCUCGCCUUAGAGGCAUUCCAGAGUGUCAAGUCGACAUCGAGGUUGAGAAAUGGAUCGACAGGCUACAUUUGAAUGUUUGUGCAUCGCAACCGAGUGGUACGUAUAGCGGUGGUAAUAAGCGACGUCUGAAUAUAGCAAUCGCUUUGAUUGGCCAUCCCAAUCUGGUGCUACUUGACGAACCAACGACAGGUGUCGAUCCCGCCGCAAGGCGCUCGCUCUGGAAUAUCAUACAAUCCUGCCAGUCAACCGGACAAGCUAUCAUUCUCACUUCGCAUAGUAUGGAAGAGUGUGAAGCACUUUGCAAUAGACUGGUCAUUAUGGUGAACGGCCAGUUGGUGUGUAUAGGACCGUGCCAAGAGUUAAAGCAGAGAUUCGGUGCUGGCUAUGAUAUCCAGAUGAAGCUCAAUCCUGAGAGGUCAUCGAUUGAGAAGGAACGCAUUAAGAGAGAUAUUGAGAAGGCGCUCAAUUGCGAACUCGUCGAUGAGAAUUCGGGAUUCCUUAUGUACCAUGUCACGUCUGCAUCAAUCACAUGGAGAAAGAUGUACGACGUGAUGUCCGAACUGAAAAAUAAUUAUAGUUGUAUCGACGAUUUUUCCGUGUUGUCGUCGACUUUGGAACAGCUCUUCUUACUUUUUGCUCGUACGGCUAAACGAUCAAAUCGCAAGGCCUACAAGUAAUUUUUAUGUUCACAUAUUAAAACCAACGACGAUAUUACGAGAACCAAAGGCUCGAAAGGCUAGUUUUACGUGUGAUAUUAUAGGAGUUAUAAUCAAAAUCAAUGUGCACGUCUUUAUAAAUGACGUGCGUUACAUAUAUAUUCGUAAAAUAGGUUUAACGGAGAGACACAUGGUGAAAGUUAUUUGAAAAUUUGUUAGUUUUUGCAAAAACGUCCUUUUCAGUAUUUAUAUUUUCGGAUCGGGUGGCGCAAUAUACUUAGAAAUUAAGUUUUUAUCAUAGUAUUAACAUUUUUGAGAGAGACGUGAGUGUAAUUUUUUAAGUUAUCGCAGAGUAUAAGUUUUCAAUAGUUUUCACCGUGUCGUUUUUAACGAAAAGAAAAACAGUAAAAUAAUUUACUUUGUACAUAAGAAUAUUUUAUCAAUAACUGCCGAUGAUAUACAUUAUACAAGUACUUCUUAAUGCACUUUACAAUAAUUUAUAAAGCUUUGGUUUAUUUUAUUGAACAGUAUUCAUAAGGCAGCUACGCAAAGUCUGCUAGUGUUAUAAGAUGAAUCUCAAUCGCUACUCGAAGCAAAGCUCUCGAGUUAAACAUAAUAAGGCUGCAUUAUUGAAAUCCAUAUUAUUAUACGACUCUAAUUAGUCGUAAAUUUUGUAUAACUGCCGACACGGAAAGUGAAUAAUAAGUUUAAAUUUUGUUAACCAUUAUUAUUUGGUUAAGUAUUGGCUUAGGUUCAAUUACGUUUCACUUAUUUAUUUUCUUUUCUCUUAGGAAAAAUCGAGUAUUAAAAAAUUGUUAGAAAGAAAUUUUGGUUUCCGCGUUGAUUGUUUAUUUAUAUAAGUAUUUAUAAUUGAUUCGAAUAUAUUAAAUGUAUCGUUGUUAAUUAAUUAUCAGAAAGAUCUGAUUUUUUUCUAAACUUUCGCAGUUUAUCGAACUUGCGCAGCAAACUUGCACUGAUAGGUCAAAGCGAAUUAAAGAAAAAAAGAUGAGAAAGAGCAAGUAUUAUAUAUAGUACGUUGUUAUCAAUCUUUGUAUACUUUAGAUAUAUUUUUUUAAAAACAUGGUUAAUUUUGUACUACGUCUCGCAAUACGAAUCUGUACAUAUAUAUUUUAAAUAAUGAGCUUUAAGUUUCACGUACGUGCAAUUUGAAUCUCUGAUUCGUUUCAAACAUCUAUUUAAGUAUACAUCUAGACUACGCGUUUAUUUGUUCCGUAGUUUGUCAUAAUUCUCCAUGAUGUUUCUUUGAAUACUUGUUUUUUUUUGGUACGAUUUAUCAUCGUAACCUACAGUUUAUCUAUGUCGAUUCGAUGUUGCAUGUAUAUUGAAACAAUGGAGAUGCUUAUUGUAAUAAAAAUGCAUCCU